CGGACACCACCGGUAGAUGGGUGCAUUGAAACCUCACACCGGAUAAAAAAAAAAAAAUCAAACACACACAUACACACAUACAUAAUAUUGCACGAGGAGUGUGUGGACGUGCACGGGACUGUUUGUUGUUUGUUUUGUUUAUUUGACGCGUCGGCGCGUGGAAAAUGUAGUAGCUGUCACGGCCGCCUGCAGGAGGAGGAUGGAUGCGUAACAGGACGGAUCGAGCCAGCUGUGGCCUGCUUCUAACAGCAACAUCUGGCCGGUGAGUCGCACUCUGACAGCCGCAGCCGCUUGCCAGGCGGGCAGCUCGGCUCGGCUUGUGUGAACCAGUCCUUCUGCAGGGUCAGAGAGGGCGCCUCAGCAGCCAGCCGGCUCUGGACUAUAGCGGCGAGGUGGAGGAGAUGGAGGAGGGGGAUGCAGAGGGGGAAGGGCCCAUGGCCGUCAGAGAGGGGCAGAGCGGUCACGGCCUCCUCCCGGACGCCAGCGGCGGCACCACCACCACCACCACCACCAAUAACCUCCUGGCUUCUGUCAAAGAGCAGGAGCUCCAGUUCGAGCGGCUGACUCGGGAGUUGGAGGAGGAGCGGCAGAUCGUGGCGAGCCAGCUGGAGAGGUGCAUGCUGGGAGCCGAGUCACCAGCAGCAGACAGUAGCAGCUCAUCUGAGAAGUCGUUUGCAUGGAGAUCUGCAGGUGGAGAGUCGCAGGGCGGAGCCACGGAGGCGGCUGGAUGUCCUGGUCGCCACCUGGAGGCGGAGGAGGGACUCUACCUGCCUGAACCGGACCGCGCGUCCCUGCAUGACAGUGAGGGCUCAGCUGGUCACUCGGCCCAGAUGACUUCGUAUUCAGACAGCGGCUACCAGGACAGCAGUGUUAGUUAUUACAGCAACCAGAACGUGGUGCGUUCGGAGCCCCGGGCGUCGAUAUCGAGAAGUCCAAGAGCUGAGGGUCAAGCAUCUGGCCAGGCGUCUGGCCGGGUGUUGCGGAGGAUGACCUCCCUCCCUUCCAGGAGCCAGUCUCCCGGCUGUGGCACCGCCGGCACUGUCUCGCCUUCCCGCAUCUCCCUGCGAACAUCCCAGGGCAGCACCUACGACUCGCCCAUCCUUUCAGAGCCCAAACCGCUGGCUGCCAUCUUCCCCGGCACCUCCAUGCCGCCCUCCUGCCCGUCACCCUCCUCCCCGACCGACGGCACGCAGGCCCUCCUGGGAGGUGGUGGGGGAGGAAUAGGAGGAGGAGGCGGUGUCCGUCUAGGCUCCACGCUCUCCCUGAUCGAGGGGAGGGGUUUGACAGGGUCACCGCUGCGCUCGGGGAUGACCGCGGUGCCACAACACUACGGCUCCACGCUGCCCAGGAAGAGCCAGCCGCUGGCCUACGGAGCAGACCCAUACGGCUUGUACCAGAGGAGCGCCCUGCCCCGUCCUGACAGCCUCAUAGGGCUUCACAGCUCAUACGGUGGUCAUGCGGGGCAGAUAGAUCCAGAGCUGCGGGCGGCGUUGUCUCCAGACUGCCACAUGACGCCCGUUUUCGACGAGCGUUCCUUCCACAGCCCGCUGUACCACAGCCCCACCCACGACCCCCAGGGCUCCCUCUACAGGACAAGCACAGGUAUGGAGACCCUCCCUCGGAACACAAGCCAUUGCGGCACGCUGCCGUACCAAAGAAGCAGCUACGGGCUGAGCACUGCGGCUCUGUACGUCGACUCCUACAGGGUCUCCGGCGAGCCCGUCUUCUCCCACCGGCACUCUGGACUGGUGGAGCGGGUGGCCACGCGCACGCCGUCCAUCGAGAGCAUCCACAAAGACCCCAGGGAAUUUGCUUGGCGUGACCCCGAGCUGCCGGAGGUCAUCCACAUGCUGCAGCAUCACUUCCCCUCCGUCCAGGCCAACGCCGCCGCCUACCUGCAGCACCUGUGUUACGGAGACAACAGGGUGAAGGUGGAGGUGUGUCACCUGGGGGGCAUCCAGCACCUGGUAGACCUGCUGGAUAACAAGGUAGCCGAGGUGCAGAAGAGCGCCUGUGGAGCCCUGAGGAACCUGGUGUACGGCAAGGCCACCGACAACAACAAGGUAGCACUGAGGAACUGCGGCGGCGUCCCCGCUCUGCUGCGCCUCCUCAGGAAGACGACCGACAACGAAGUGCGCGAGCUGGUCACCGGCGUCCUGUGGAACCUCUCCUCGUGCGACGCGGUGAAGAUGACCAUCAUCCGGGACGCUCUGACCACGCUGACCAACACUGUCGUCAUCCCCCACUCGGGCUGGAGCAGCGUCUCGCACCGCGACGAACACAAGGUCAAGUUCCAGUCCUCGCUUCUGCUGCGCAACACCACCGGCUGUCUGAGGAACCUGAGCUCAGCAGGGGAGGAGGCGAGGAGUCAGCUGCGUUGCUGUGAGGGUCUGGUCGACUCGCUGCUUCACGUCCUCAAAGCCUGCGUCAACACCUCCGACUACGACAGCAAGAUCGUGGAGAACAGCGUGUGCACCCUGAGGAACCUCUCGUACCGCCUGGAGGUGGAGAUGCCCUCCUCUCGUCUCCUCGGCAACCAGGAGCUGGACACCCUGCUGGGCUUCUCCUCCCCGGCCAAGGAGCUGGACUACCUCUGCUGGGGCAAGAGGAGGCGCGGCAGGAAGAGGGGCGGCUGGCCUGACGACAAGUGGGACGGCAUUGGGCCGAUCCCAGGUUUCUCCCAGACAAUGAGGGGAGCAGAGCUGCUGUGGCACCCGAUGGUGGUGAAGCCGUACCUCAACCUGCUGGCUGAGAGCUCGAACCCCGCCACGCUGGAGGGCGCCGCUGGAUCACUGCAGAACCUCUCUGCUGGAAACUGGAAGUUCUCGGCCUACAUCCGAGCGGCGGUGCGUAAAGAGAAAGGUCUGCCCAUCCUGGUGGAGCUGCUGAGGAUGGACAACGACCGGGUCGUCUGCUCUGUCGCCACCGCUCUCCGCAACAUGGCGCUGGACGGCCGGAACAAGGAGCUGAUAGGAAAGUAUGCCAUGCGGGAUCUGGUGAACCGGCUGCCUGGCGGCAGUCCGUCAGUGCUGUCAGACGACACGGUGGCGUCGGUCUGCUGCACGCUGCACGAGGUCACCAGCCGCAAUAUGGAGAAUGCCAAAGCUUUAGCCGACAGUGGAGGCAUCGAGAAGCUGGUGGACAUCAGCAAAGGACGAGGAAAAGGGUACUCAAUGAAGGUUGUGAAGGCAGCAGCUCAGGUGUUGAACACGCUGUGGCAGUACAGAGAGCUGAGGAGCCUCUACAAACAGGAUGGAUGGAAUUACACUCACUUCAUCACUCCCGUCUCCACUUUGGAGCGAGAUCGUUACCGCUCACAGCCGACCUUGCCCACCAGCCCUCUACAGAUGUCCCCUGUCAUCCAAUCAGGUGGUAGUGCAACAUCCUCGCCAGCGAUGCUCGGGAUAAGAAGACACAGUUCAAAUUACCAGAGGGCGCAGUCAUCUAUGCAACUCGACACGUAUUAUGGAGACAACAGUUUACACAAACGGCAGUACACAGGGUCUGAGAAGAAAACCCCAUAUUUCAUUGGGACGUACUCUUCCCAGUCAGGAGAGGAUUUGAGAAGGUCCCAGCACCCAGAGCCAUUCUACGACGAACCCAACAGGAAGAACUACAACAGCUACAGAAUGUACCUGUCGUCCCCACAAGGCUACGGAGAGGAGCCCUACGAGGACGAACCGGCCCACCUGACCCCCUCCUCCCCCGACGGCUACGCCAGCCAGACGCUCCGAUUCAAAGCCAACACCAACUACGUGGACUUCUACUCCACCACGCGGAGGCCUUCAAACAGGGCGAACAAGUUCACCGGCUCCCCCGACUCCUGGGUGUAAAAAAAAAACUAAACGGACACCGUGUACGUCUGUGUCUGUGGGUGUUUGUGUGUGGGGAGUGCACGUGGGUGAGUGUGCUGUGUGGUUGUGUGAAAGGUCGAGGAUGCAUGAGAAUGUGUGUGCAUCUGUGUUGAAACUGUGCUGAACGACCAGGGCUCGGUUUCCCACGUGCAGCUUUUGACUACGUUAGACCAGAUGCUAAUAAUGCGGAUAAAUAUAAAAAUCAUGUUUUAUUUCGUCCACUUUGACCCACAAUCCCUUCACACUUAAAAAAACAUAUCCUCCUAAUAUAAUGUUUUUGAAGGUGCAGAAGUAUGGACGUCUGAAAUGGAGCAUUUUGACAUUUUUGCGAUCGCUGUGUCAAGGCGAUUGACAAUUAACCAUUUUUAAGAACUUGCUGGUGCUCUCUUUUUUCACAGUUGCUCUGUAAACAGCAAACAGUGUAUGAAAGCAAGUGGAAAAAAACAACUCGAUGGAAAUCAUUUAAAGCCUCUGGAAUAAGAUGCCUACACGUGUUCAGAAGGAGAGAUUUCACACUACAUCUGUAGUGACAGAAAGACCCAAACUCACAGCAACAGAACCACGACUACAGAGCCCAGGAGGGGCCAUUGAGAACUAAUUUGUGUGCUUUCCAUUUAGUAAUUUGUGCUCUCAAUUUAAUAAUUUGUGUGCACAGUUUACUUAAUUAGUGCUCUUGAUUUAUAUAUUUUGACUGUUCCCCUCUUGUAGAGGGCAUCAAACGCACAGUAAGAUUGUUCUGUGCUAUUAUUGAGGUACACACCAUGUGAACAUCUGAACAUUCCUUGUCACAAAUUAAAUAAUCCGUGUGCACAAAUUGUCAAAUCGAGAGCACAAAUUAGUUUGUUUUAUCUGAGGCCCCUCCUGGGCUCCGUACAUGACAUACAUACAGUAUGUCCACAUAUACAUAUAUAUAUAUAUAUAGAAAUAUAUACAUGACUAUAGAGUAUAUAAGUUCUUAAGGCUAAUGUGUGAGAAAACUGUUGCCUAUUUGCAGUAGUUUCAGACCGAAUGUGGAACAAAUCAUUUGCACUUAAUCGUAGGACACUACAAUCUACAUAGGUAAAUAAUCACAAUAUUCAUUUUCUAACGUGGUAUCAACAUUCCUUUGGAUAUUUUUUGAUAUGCUUGAGAUUUUUUACUCAAGUUUCAGUAGGAUUUGAGAGUAAAGUUACGUCCAAGAGUUCAGAGAUGAUAACUUUUCCACCAUUCUUCUCUGACAGUCUCCCAUUGGACACCAGUAUAAGCCAGACAGUGUGUGAGUUCUCCUCUCACAUUACAUUGAAAUUUUGUUAAUAUUGCAAAAAGCUUGGAUAAAAAUGUAAAAAUGCUAUUCAGGACAUAUUUUUCCUCAUCCAUAACCAACAUUUUCAGCUUUAUCUGCAUUAUUAUGGACAUGGCUGUACAGUAGCAUCUACUCCAUUGUCAGUGAACAGCACAAAGAUGGGCCUAGUCAAAAGGUGCUUUUUGAAAAACCUAGCCCUGACUUUGUUGUUUACCAGAGUGUUUGUUAACGUCACCACUGAUUUCAUUUUUCUCUGCGGUAAAAGUGUGCAGUGUGUUGGCUUUAUAACAUAAAUAUCUUCCGCCAGCGUCAUCUUGAACGCGAGAGAAAAGGAACUUACCGAAGCUGAGUGUCGUGUAAAAAGAUCACACCUGGGACAAAUCAUAUUUACCAAUAACUCAGAUUAUGAGAAGGGAUUAACCACACGAGCAGCAUGACCAUAAAACCACUAUGCUGCUCCAAACAGGAUAAAAAUCACCCAAAAGAUAUUUUUAAAAUAUUAUUUGGCCCAGGUUCGGAGAUGAUAAACUUACUCAUGAGCAUCUUCAUUCUCGGGAACCUUUAAAAGACUCAGAGAACCGGAGUAACCCUCCGCUUUUCUGUAUGUUGGCCAAAAGUGCAGUAUAUCAUAAAGUAUGUGAAAUAUGUGAAAAAAACACGUGAAAAUCUAUUUGUACAGAUACAAUGGUUUAACCGUCCUGUUACAUUGUUGUAUUCAAUAUGUAGAACUUUAUAUGUGAUUGUGUGAAGAAGAUUUUUCUAUUAUUUAUUGAUUAUUUUUAUUAAUUUACUUGUGACCUGACCAAAAUACCCCAUCUGUCUGUUCUGUCCAAAAACUGAUGAUGAUAAUGUGCAAUGUUACAGAGGGAAAUACUGUAUAUGUAUAGGGAUUAAAGAUUAUAUCAUGACAAGACA